AUGUCACUUGAAAAGAAAGUUGACACAUCCCAGUCAUUCAACAUCAAUGUGACAAGGGAGGACCUGUUUGAAAGGGGGCUGAAACAGUGGGCCAGGCAAAAACAGGCCUCCCCAAAGAAUCUCCUCAGGGUCUCCUUCAUUGGAGAAAAUGGAAUAGACCAAGGCGCUCUUCGUAAAGAGUUCCUUACUGAAAUGGUGUGUGGAAUUGAAGCACGUUUUUUUGAAGGAGAUGGGGAAAGGGGCAAAACCCCUAAAUACAGUAUUUGUGACUACCAGGACAACAGUUUCAAGACUUGUGGGGAGAUUUUUGCCACAGGUUUGGUGCAGGGGGGUCCUCCACCAAACUUCCUUACAAAAUGGUGCUACCAUUUCUUGUGCCAUGGGGAGAUGGACAAAGAUUUGGGUGUACUCGAAGUCACUGAUCAGGAUAUUAAAAAUCUGAUGACAGAGGUGGAAAAUGCAGAAGGUGGAGAAAAGCUGAUAGAUUUAUCAGAUGCGAUUGUGGCAUGUGGCUACACUGGGCCAAUAAAUGUUGACCAAAAAAAGGCCAUCACAGAUGCCAUCGCUUUGCAUGGACUGGUGAGGCUGAUCCCGAUCUUGAACCAGCUGCGUGAGGGAUUGAGGCUCUACGGAUUAGAUGAGGUGUUAGCACAGCACACCCAGAUGUGCCAGCAGCUCUUUGUCCCCGGCCACUUACAGGAAGUGAAUGUAGACUUCCUUCUGCUUGCGCUAUCUCCUGAUUUCAGUGAGGAAGGAUCUGUGAGACGACAGCGAGAGAUGCGGAUCAUCAAUUUUCUGCAGGAUUUCUUGCAAAAGUUGGAAGACAGAGAAGCAGACAGCCAAGAAGAGGGCAGCCCUGAAGGUCAAAGUCACGUGGCACAAAGUCACUUCCUUCAGUGGGUCACAGGUCAGUGGGUGGUUGUUCCAACCUUCCACAAAAGCCUCCAGGUCUGCCUUCAGUUUAGGAAGGAAUGUCAGGUGGACUGUCAAAAGAUCUUCUACAAAGGGACAGGGUCGGAGUAUGUCACUUUCACAUAUGAGCUUUGA